ACAACAACAACAAAAACAUAUAACUACAAAAAAUAAAUAAGUAAAGUAAAACAAAUAAAUACGAAAAACAAAAAAAACAAGAAUGGCGUCGAUAGUUCCGAAUCUCAUACCGGGCGCAGGGGUUGGAGCCGCUAUUCCGAUAUGGAUGAAGAUUGACUGGAGCCCCGAUAUAGAGCACGGGAUCUACAGGGACUGGGGCUGGUACUACUCGCACCGGCGGAGGGACAACAUGUCGGCCUACUACUACAACAGGGCCCUGGCGAUGGUGCCCGAGGACUACGUGACGCUCUACCACCUGAGCCAGACCAAGCGGAAGAACGCCCAGACCGAGGGGGCUCUCAAGGAUUGUGCCGAAGCCAAACGCAUUUUAAAGGGUCUCAAGAUCAAAUACGCGCCCAUUAAUAUGGAAAUAUGCGAUGCUCUCUACGAACUGAAUAAACUGGAGAUUGCCAAGGCGGAACUGCACAACAACACGCGUAUGUUUAUAGGCAACAAGGCCAAGGCCUUUCACAGACGUCUCGCUGUGGUCAACGAAAAUAUCAAAGACUGUUGCGGGGAAGAGCUCACGCAGUUCUUGUCCUCGAAUGAAAAGCUGGUCAUCCAAGUGAGGGAAAUGGAAAUCAAGGCCCUCAAUGAACUGCAGAACAAGCCGCUGUGGAAAAUCCUGAAGGAACAAGGCAAAUGCGAUGUCUUGAGCAUCCUGGAAAUCGAAGAAGAACUCAUACCCCCAUUGGAAAUCGCCCGGCGAAAUCGGGCCUUUAAUGUCUUCAAUCAGAUGUACAUCGACAAGUCCUGGAUGGAUGUGGUGUUCCUCAAACAAUUGCUAAAGAACCCCACUUUGCUGCUGGAUCAGUGCCACAACUCAAAGUAUUUUCUGGGCGCUCUCAACAAAAAGAAAUACGAGGAGUUAAAGAACUUUUUGAAAAUGCUCCACGCCCGUUCCCCCAUGUACUACCUGCGGUACAACAAAUUCACGAACAAGAAACUGAUGGACAAAUUCCGGGAGGACUACCUCUACCGCGUGCAGUACCAAACCCGUCGCACGAUGGUCUCUGUGUUGAGGACCAUUCGAAAGCUUCGUGCGGCAGGAAACAUAACCAAACUCUCAAAAUACGUGGAGGAGGUGAUGGGCGAGUUCGUUGUGUUGAAAACGUUUCGGGUGAUGCCCUGGAAAUUCGAGUUCAUGAACGAAGUGUACAACACCCUGGCCCUGACCCUGGGCGAUCAGUGCAGAGUCCCCUACAGGGGGUUCUCCCACGAGGAAAAGGAUGCUCUGCUGAAGCUCCUGCGUCUGCCCACCGACAAGUCGUGGGAUGUGGAAACUUUCGUGUUCGGCGACCGCUCCACCCAUCAGGCUCCCGUUGACGCGGAUCCGGCCAUGUCCAAGUCCAGACAGCUGAUAGCCCGACUGGAGAAACGAAUGAAGUUUGCCAAAUACUCGAUCGAGAAGUGCUAUCUGUUCCAUCAGAUUGGCGAUACUCAUCUGAAGUCGAAUCGAUUCGAUGAAUGCUGGUUUGCAGCCACCAGGGGCAUCAAAGAGUCCAAGAACUGCAACAGCUUGAUCUGGCGCUUCCUGUGCACUCUCCUCAUUGUCAAGGCCAAUGCGUCCCUCUACAAGGUGGAACGCACCAAGGACGCUCUCAUGACGGCCUCCCAACUGAUGGACAAACUGGGCUCUCCCGAGCUCACCCGCUUCGUGGCCCUCUGCAUAGCCUGCAACGAGGAAGAGCUGACUUCGAAGAAGCAACGCGGCAGCCUGGGGAGCCGGAAUCCCAGCAGUGCCUCCAGCCUGGUCACAAUGGACACGGUGCGGAGUGAACACAGCGAAAACAACGUCUAAAGCGAUGCCAACGCGAAUCUGUGUAAUGAUAUUCUUGGCCUGGCACCGCUCUAUACGCUUUCAAUCAAUCGAAUACAAUUCUUAG